AUGUCACGAUUGGAUUUAAAUGGCUUAAGGCCGAAUUGUAUGAGUAAUGAAGACGAGGAUUUUACCUUCGGCAUUCCCUUGGAAGAAGAAAUUGAAAGGAGCCCUACUCCAUGUGAAGAGAUAGAUGCUAUCAAUACAGAGACCUUUGGGGAGGAUAUAAGUGGUGCUGACUUCGACGACUUGGAGGUGUACUCGAAACAAGUACGUUUUAGAUUUUUAGAGAUUCGCUGUUUUGUUCUAGAUUAUAUGAUCUUUUUUCAUUCAUAUAUUUCCUAUAUUUUUCAGACUGCUGGCUUAAAAUUGGACGAUUACGAGGCCGACUGGGAAAAUGAGCCAUCAUGUUCCAUCAGUGCUCCCGAUCCGUCCCAAUUGCCAGAUCCGACAUUCGACUCAGUUUCAGAUAUGUUCACGAAUUCUUAUUAUUCCUAUUCUGGUUCAGGAGCGAACGACGUACCAUACCCGUCUUCGUACGAGCUCAAUCUUGGCACUGUGGACUCCUUAUUUGCUAACAAUGUCAAAAACAAAGAUAGUUCUAUAUGGGGAACUCCGGGUUUAUCCUCAGUGAUCACCAGAUCCGCCCUAGAUUUCAUCAAUAACAGAGAUAGCGGAGCUGCCAGUAGUUCUUAUAUGAAUAUAAAAAGUGAGGACAACUUUAACAACAGUUCUGCUUCGGCAGCUUUGUCAGCAAAGAAGCCUGAUUUAGCCGGAUUUCCCAGGAAUGCUGUAACCGUAGAGGAGUUGGAAAGGCAACAGCUUAAUGAAAUGAAGAACAAAAAACUGCCGGGAGUACCACAAGGUGCGAUUGCUUUAGAAGACCUUGAAAGGCAAAUUUUAACAUCAGCACCGCCAGUGAAAGAAGAACCAAAGCCGUUGGAAGUCAAUGUAACUUCAGAAAUGGAGCCUCCUGUGGCGCCUAAGUUUCCGCUUUCUCCUCAGAUGCCUUUUUCGUUCCCAGUCGUUCGUCCCAUGAUGCCUCCAUUCAUGCUCAGCGUUUUAAGAGCUCGUAUGGUAGGGCAGUUGAUGGAGAAUCCUACUGGGUUUCCACUUAUGCCACCUCAGAUGCCGAUGGGUUUUUUCGAAACUAUGGCUCGGAAUUCAAACGCGAUGGGAGGAUUCCGUUUUCCUGUACCCCAUCAGAUGCCUGGAAUUCCUUUUCCACCUUUUCCAUCUGCGAUGCAACCAAAUCGUCCAAGGAUGAAUCAUAUACGUUCCCCAGUUUCACCCCGUGGGCCUUUUUAUCCUCCUAAUCAAAGCAGCGGAGGGGGAAAGACUGCUGUUUACCGCGAGCCGCAUUUCAGGAAAACCAGGUUACCAUCAAUCAAAACGAUAUCUGAUUUUGCAUUUGAUCCUUAUGCAGGCUUUAUGUCUAAAAAGGAGCGUGAGUGGCUUAUUAAGAUACAGCUACUUCAAUGUCAAGGCACAGGGAACCCCUACGACGAUGACUAUUAUUACACGACAUGGAAAGAACGAAAACUGUCAUUGAAGAACAGUUCGAACGAAUUGGUUUCUGAAAAAGCUGAGUGCGAUCUGCGUGCAGCUGGUGGAAGUGGUAAUCAUUACGUACCACCGACUUUUGUUGGAAGCCUUGGGAAGCCAUCCUUGUCUACUGUCAAUAAUCCAAGACAGGUAGUGAGAAAUUUGCGUUAUGAUGGAAGUGAGGAUGACGACCGAGCAAAUGUCAAGGUUUCUUCCCAAAAGAGGUUCCGUGCUCUGUUAAUGUUGACUGAAAACAUUGCUGCAUACGUUUUAGAGUGUGAAGAUUGCAAACGCCAUUUGAAUUCUGCAGCUCUGGCCGAUGAAAUGAGGGAACAUUUUGACGAGGAACUAAAGUCACGGUUAGACUCUUUGUCUAAAUGCAUGUGCAGUGAAAGACUUCCGAAAAUCUUAAGCCUCAAUAAGGGGCGGCAUAUGUUGGUGCGAACGUUCAGUUUAUUGGAUAGCUCUCAACAGCUCUUGUUGUUUGAAGCCCUUAUAUCAAAGUCGCUGUCAACAACUUUAAAAGUGAUUCCGGAAGAUGAGUUGCUUCUUUCGGUCGCACCGGCUUUCAUCUCGUACCUUAUGCAGCUUUCGGAAGACAAACUUGUCGUGAUAUUCUGUUCUUUUGUUGUGGAGGACGUCUUAACGCAGCCUUCUAAUCUUUCUAACAAAUUCCUUUCCGAGUUGGUUAUGACACUUCUGUUUUGCUUGUCUCGGAAACGAGUGGUGCUUGGAAACCAGUGUGCACCUUCUCCGUUAUAUUCAUAUUUUUAUGGGCGUAACUCUCCGCUACAGCUCUCUGGGAAUUGGUGCAGUGGUGAAGGAAGAAUCAUAAAAUUUAGCGAAAGCGAUGUUUUAUCGUUUCGACGUUGGCUAGAGAUGCAGUUUCAGAGGUAUCCUGGUUGUAAUGGGUUUGUGUUAAUAUCUAAGUUAUAG